AUGGCGACGGCCGACGCCGCCUUCCCUCACCACAGCGGACACAUACGGACGCGUCUCCCCUGGUUUCUCACUGAACGACAGGAGCAGAGCCCCACUGUCGCAAGAAUGGACAAGGAAAAAGGGGAAGUAGAGGAGGAGGAGAAGGAGAAGGAGAGAAGCUUGGUGUCCAUUAUGAAGACUAAGCCGCUUGUCCCAGGAAGCGGAAGGGCAAGGGCAAGGGUUGUGUCGCUGCCGAGGAAGCGGGCCAAGGAUUACGGCAAUGUCCCGCUCGCCGAGUUGUUAUUAAGGGCAAUGGAGCAUGAUAAGCAAGCGGAGAAGGAUUAUGAAGAGGAGGAAGAGAAUGGGGAGGACGAGGAUGAGCAAGGUACUCUGUUUGAGGAGGAGGAAGAUUCUUCUCAUUUUGCUGUCAAAGCGCUAAGUGUUAUGCUAUGCAAAAUUGCAUUGUUUGGCUGUCAAUGUUCAAUAUUUUUGUUGUAUAAAGUUCAAAGGAGGAGCUGUCCAAAAUUCAAAAGCCAUGAUGUUCAAUUCUUUCUUAGUCAUAUAUAUUUGUUCCAUUUCUACACUUUUCAUAGAAGAAAGCUUAUUUUUUCAUCACUAUGA